AUGAACGAGGCAUUUCAAUUUACAAAGAUUAUUAUCAGGAAAGUAACGACUACUAUCGCAACCUUCCUUGCAAUCUUCAUCAUCAUCAUCAGUUCCAACAAAAUCUUCCAGGUGGAUGGAGUGGAUGCAGACCCACUCGUUGAAAAAGAAUAUUGUCAGUGGGGUAAGUUGAACAUCAGCUGUUCACCGAGUCACGUGAUCAUCAUCGAAUCUGCCAUUUAUGGCAGGGUCAGGGUUGGAAAGUGCAUAAGAGACUUGAACAAGGUUCACAAUUGUUCAUGGAAUGUAGGCGAGCUGACUGAUUGGUUGUGCUCGGGACGUGUUGGCUGCUACUUCGACGUUGCUCAGUUCUCCAUGUGGGGUGUCCAACCAUGCUCCCAGGAACUUACAUCCAACCUCUACAUCCAGUACAGAUGCGUUCAAGGUGUUGUUGUUGUUGAUGACGAUGAUGAAGAUGGUAAUGGGGAUGAGUGCGUCUAUAGUUCUUGA